CUCCGAAGAACCAGGGAAUGCUGUUACCGGAGCCAAAGCACGUGGCUUCCGCUUCCAGACUGCUCUAAUGCCGUGGUCAGAGUGGAAAGAAUAGGGAUGCACUCUAUCAAAUGUUGCUGGACUCCAACACUUUAGAUUUGAAGUACGAAAAGAAAUCCAUCUGGAAAUCAAACCAUCAGGAUAUACAUGUGUGUCGAAUGAAAGGAAAACAGGAGGAGGAAUGCAGAAACUUUGUGAAGGUUCUUCUUUUCCAUGGAAAAACCCUAUUUGCUUGUGGAACUAAUGCUUUUAACCCCAUAUGUGCAGACUUCAGUCUGUGCACCACCGCUGAUGUGUGUAUAAAGACCAGUGGAGGUACCGCAUACUUCGCCCUUUGCGAGCUGAAUUUGUGGAGCUGUGCCGCCCCAUUCUACAUUAUAUGCUCCCAAGGAUAAGGAUGCACGGAACAAGACCGGACCAGCCUUCUAUGUAGCAUACGAACGAAAAAACGUCCCAGCAUCCAUAGCUUCA